GCAGCUGCGUCGGUGACUUCCGGUGCUAGCAGCGUUAGCAUGGUUAGCCUGUGUGUGGUCGGUGUGUGUGUGAGUGUGUGAGUCUGCGCAGCAACAAUGUGUUCCGUGGAGCCUCUGAGAGAGUUUAUCAGAGAGAGACUAACUGCUGCUGCGGAGGAAAUCUGCUCCCAGCUGGAAAGAACCAUCGUCCGCUUCGAGGAGGAGAUGGACCGUCAGCGCAGACUGCUGGACCUCACCUGGAGGCCCCGGCUCAGCUUACAGCCAGCAGAUCUUCCACAUCAUUAUGGCUGUAAGGAGAAGGAGAUCCAGACGAGCCAGCAGCCUUGUAACGAAGAGACAAACUGUAGUUUGGACCAAGAGAGACCAGAACCUCGGCAGGUGAUGAGGGAACAAGAAGAAGCCGAAUUCCUGCAGGUGAACAUUAAACUGGAGGAACCAGAACUUCUGCAGCUAAAAGAGGAACAGUGUGAAACUGGAAUCAGUCAGGUUGAAGAGCAGCUUGUUCUGAAUCAGCAGACUGAUACGCUAAUGAUGAAGGAAGGAGACCAUGGAGAACCAGAACCUGGUGAGGACCAGCUCCCCUCUCAGAACGCUCCUGAAGCUGACAACCUAAACCAGAAAGAGAACCUUGAAAAAGACUCAGGAUUGAUAGAAGAAGUGUUGAAACAAAAUAAUAGAGAGGAAACCAAACUGAAGAGAAACAAAGUUGAGAAAAGAGCUUUUUGUAAAAUCUGUGGUAAAAGUUUCAGUCCGUGUUAUUUAUAUGAUCACAUAAGAACUCACACAGGUGAGAAGCGUUUCUCAUGCAAGACCUGUGGAAAGCGUUUCAUUCAAAGUAGUCAGUUGACUGGUCACAUGAGAACUCACACAGGUGAGAAACCGUUCCCAUGUCAGACAUGUGGGAGACGUUUUAAUCAAAAAUAUAACUUGGUUACUCACAUGAGAAUUCACUCAGCUGAGAACCUAAACCAGAAAGGGAACCUUGAUAAAGACCCAGGAUUGAGUAGAGAUCAAAUGUUGAAACAAAAUAACAGAGAUAAAACCAAACUAAAAAGAAACAAAGUUGAGAAAAGGGCUUGUAAAAUCUGUGGUAAAAGUUUCAGUCCAUGUUAUUUAUAUGAUCACAUAAGAACUCACACGGGUGAGAAGCGUUUCUCAUGCAAGACCUGUGGAAAGCGUUUCAUUCAAAGAGGUCAGUUGACUGGUCACAUGAGAACUCACACAGGUGAGAAACCGUUCCCAUGUCAGACGUGUGGGAAGCAUUUUAAUCAAAAAAAUAAUUUGGUUACUCACAUGAGAAUCCACUCAGCUGAGAAAAACCUUCCCUGUGAAAUAUGUGGUAAACAUUUCUCUCGCAAUGAUCUGUUAGCCUCUCACUUGACCACCCAUACCAGUGAGAAACCUUUUUCCUGUCAGACCUGCGGAAAAGCUUUCAGUCUGAAGAUUUAUUUGACCCGACACACAAGAACUCACACAGGUGAGAAACCUUUUCAGUGUCAGAUUUGUGGAAAAGGUUUCAUCCAAAAAGAGAAUUUAAUUACGCACACAAGAACGCACACAGGUGAGAAACCUUUCUCCUGUCAGAUGUGUGAAAAAAGUUUCAGUGACAGAAGUAAUUUAAAACAUCACAUGAAAACUCACACAGUUGAGAAACGCUUCCCGUGUGAAAUCUGUGGUCAGUUUUUCUCUCGAAGCAGUAAAUUGACUCUUCACAUGUGCGCUCAUAUAGAUGAGAAGCCUUUAACAAGUCAACCCUCUGGACAAGAUUUCAGUGAUGUAAGUCAUUUCAAGCCCAACAUGAGCGCUCAAACAGGUGAGGAGGUGUAAGCUGAUAACAUUGAAUUACUUGAGCAGCAACAUUCCAGUGUUAAAGGUUAAUUUAUUAAAUCAAUUUAUUUUCAUUACAGUCUGUAAAUAAAUGGCUACAAAACUGGGUAUUUAUCUGUAAUCUCUCACAGAGGAUUGAACAUUUUCAAAAAGAAAUACAAAUAGAUGUAACCACAAAUUAUAUAAAUCAUGUAAAAUAAGUAAUAGAAAAUAUCAAGUGGUUAAACUUAGCAGAAGUUCAGGAUUUAUCAGUUUAUGGCAAGAAGCUGCAAAAUACUCUGCUCUGUGAGUUCUUGUUGCUUGUUCUCGACACGUCUCGGCAGAACACUUUUCUUCCAUGCUGUCCCACUACUUUUAUGUGAUUGGUCAGGAUUUAGAAUUGAAUUUUAUUUUGGACAGACGGAAAUCUCUCAGGCAUCUGUCAAAGUAAACCAUGACGUCGCCCUGUUCAACUCUUGGUUUAAAGCAGAAAUUAAAUGAAAAGUGAAAUGCCUGCUCUGUCUUCCCAAAAACCCCAGUCGGCCUGAUGACCAUCUGCACUAAGCCUGGUUCUGGUUCUGUUGGACAUUUCUUCCCGUUAAAGAGGAAUUUUUCUCUCCACUGUUGCCUCAUGCAUGCUCAGUAUGAGGGAUUGCUGCGAUGCCAUCGACAGUCCACUGUGGCUCUACGCUCUUUCAGGAGGAGUGAACAGUAAAAGUCAAUGAGAAGAUGCAACCUGCUGGGUUUCAUUCAAGGAAACAUUGAACCCACCUGUCUGGAGGUUUAUAUGCGUUCUUGAACUGUUUAAUGUUUGGACACCCCUUUAGUUCCAACUGUUCCAUGGUCUUGCUCCACAGAAAUACAAAAAAUUUAAUUAUAAGAGGACAGUUCACACCCCCCCCCCCAACCAAUGAAUAUUUUUGUAAUAUUACUUGGUCACAAUUUUAUUUUUUUGCUUUGAACACUAUUAAUGCUGUUUGUGUCUCUACAAGAUCUGUAAAUCUGAGUAAUUCUGACAGCAAACAUAGUAAAUUGGUGUGGUCUCUAUAUCCAGCCCCAUGAAUAAUCUGUAUAGCUUCCUUUUGCAGAAUGCAUAAUGGUUGUAUUACACUUUUAUAAUUAUUACCCCUAACCACUGCCCAGUUGCUGAAAUAUGGAAGAACUGUUGAAAAAUAUAGAAUGUGAAGUGAUUUGUAAUCCAGAACAUGUUUUUUCUUAAUUAAUAUUUCAAUCUCCCUCCUUGGUACUUUAGCUUGUACAUCCCUAAUGUUGAUUUCCAGCAUUUGUGUUCAUCAAUGAUCUCAGAAAAUAUAUUUCUACACCUUCUUAAAUUAAACCCAUCUAAAUGACAUUGUAACUGUGGUUUAGUUCUUUAUUUUCUCAACUAGAAUAAAUCUGAUUUAGCUCAAAUUUAAUGACAAUUUAUUUCUAUCAAACCAGACUUUAAUUUUAAACUCUGUUUUAAUCUUUGUAGUAACAACUGCAAGUUGUCAUCAGAACAAACAAAUGUUUUUACCAUCUGCAAAUAACACACACUUAAUGUACCUCAUGUACAAAAUAAACUUAGAUUUGUGACCAAGAAAUAUAUAAAUUGUCUUAAAGUCAGAAUAAAUGUGUUACACUUGCUUGUGGUGUUGUGUCACAGCUGUUAUUUUUAAAUAAAGUUACCAUUUUUGAUGAAA